AUGGAAAUCCUCUUGAUAAAUUAUCACAAGAACAAGUAUAAUACGCCCAAGUAUAGAUUUGUAGUACGAUUUAGCGACAAGGAUAUUGUUUCACAGAUUAUAUAUGCAACACUUGCUGGAGCUGUUACACUGGCAACUGCUUACUCUCACAAGCUGUCUUGGUCCAUACUAUGUGUAACAUACCAUGUUGGUCCCUCGUUGGCACGUCAGGUGCUAAAGCAGUUGGAGAUGGAUGAUGAAUACGUUGGCAGUGAGGAGGCCACUGGAGAAAUCAUAGUGUGGAGCCAAGUGAAUCCAUUAUUACUUUUAUUAUUAGGCUGUAGCUAUUCUCUGUCUAUCCUUAAAUUAUUUGUCGUACGAUUCUAUCAUUUUUGA